AUGGGCAGCAAUGACCCCCAGUCAUUGGCAACCGCCCCGAAACGACCCUUUUCAACCCUUUCAAAACAUCAUCGCCGCACCAAUCCCUCGUCUAACUCAGUUCAAUCCAGGAAAAAGGUCAAGAUAGAUCAGGGUUCAAGUAACCUGAAGGAGCGGUCCACCUCGAAUUCUUCGCCAGAAACCGCGAAUGUACCUCUUCUGGCACAACAGGAAUCGGGUAGUGACGAGAGCGCUACGAAAUGGUUUGAUGGAGUGAAUGAGAAUGUGAUCGGGACUCGGAAGAACCAGUCACCACUUGAAGAAGGAGAGUCUCCUUUCUUUCUUGCCCCACACUCAAUCUACAAUCCACCCGGCGAUCAUGGUUCAAUCAACGCAGAAAGCUUCGGGCACCUUAACCGGAAAGAUAGUGAAACUGAAGACUUGAGAGGAGUCAUCGACGACCUAACCGUCGAGAAUAAGAGACUGAAGCAUCUCCUGAAGCACAAGAGUGGUAGUAAAAGCACCCUUUCCCCCAGCGCUGACAAGGUUCUCGAGAUACGAAUGCACGGUCUGCCGCCGAACAAAAAGAGAGAUUUGGAGCAACUUCUCAAGACAUUUACACUCGGACUCACUCCGUCGGUACCAUCUGAACCAGGCUCCUCUCACGCAGUUGACACCAAUGGAUCUUUUCCCAACGAAUUAUUUCCAAAAUUACAGCUCCCUCCUGGAACUAUAUCCGCGAUAGAUUCCGGUUAUGCGUCCAACGCUACGUCCGGCGUCAAUCUAUCGUCAAGCUCGGUAAAUCCACGGGCUUCUGAGCCCGUGUCCCAGAGCCACAGAGACAGGAACAUUAAGAACUACCUCCAUGACAUUCCUAACUCCCUCCUUCCACAAGGGAGACAUGCAAUCGAUGAGAAUACGAAAAUGGCGCUGGUAGUCCAGCGACUAGAACAGCUCUUUUUGGGCAAGUCUGCGGUUCCGGGCGAGCAUAGCCUUCCAGUUCAACAGCAGAAGAUUUCCCAAUCUGCCGCGCGAGCAGAUCGCCGAGAAGAUGUGAAAUACAAUCGUAUGUCCCGGAAUGGGGCCCAUCGAGAAGCACACAUGCUAUCCCAAGAUCCCAAGAUGGGCCUGGACGCUCCACAUCCUGACCACGACCAUGAGUCAGUGGAUCUUAUCGCGAAGAGCCAGCAAGAAUCAGGAUCGGCCUCUGAUAGUGUAGCUUCGGGCUCUGGACACAGCUGCAGCGGUUCUCCUGGCCAGCGACCUACUCGGCCGCUCGAUCUUGAUAUUGAACGGGCUCAAGUUGUGGAAGACAACAUUAGCUACAUUCGGCAUCUUGGAUUUCCCCUGCCACUUCAUGACCAGUCGAGUGGGUCGAAUGAGCAGCCAUGGAUUUACCUCAAUCUCCUCGUCGGCAUGGCCCAGCUGCAUACAUUGAAUGUUACGCCAGCAUUCAUUCGCAAGGCAGUGAGGAAGCUUAGCACUCGAUUUGAAAUCUCCAAGGACGAGCAGAGAAUCCGCUGGAAGGGUGACUAUGGUGAUUAUUCUGGAGCUGAUCCUCAGCAGUCUCCAAGUAUUGCCGUGCAACGAGCAUCAGAAGAUGCGGGAGAUGAAACUGGUGGAACGAGUCGGAGAAGUGGCACCAGUACGUUGAACGAGCAAGGCUCGUCGUUGGCGUGGGAAGAGCUGCCCAUCCAGAGUGGCAACCCUAAGAGUUUACACUCGUCGGACUCCUCUCACCUAAAAACCAGACUCUCAUCUCAUCCCUCCAAAUCGUCGGCAUUUGAUUAUAAGCCAAUUGUGUACCGAGGGAAGCGGGCUUACGGGAAGCAAUCUUAUCUCGAUUCACCGAAUUCACAGGGCACGAUUGAGCGAAGAUCGAUAAGGUCGGGUCGUGCAUCAAGCCUGGCAGGUCAACAAUCCAAGAAUGACUCUCAUGAAGGGGUGGUGACCUUUUUCAACAACCCGUACUACUGUGAAGAUUUGAGUGGAGACGGAAACUCCACAAAUUGGAAUACCCAAAUAUGCUGGUCGCCAAUCGAGGCUUUAGGCAUGUCUAACAUGACCACUCUUGGCGAUGAUGAUUUACGAGACGCCAAAACUUGCUAUUUCAAGGCUGGUGACGAUCUUGGAGGUCGAUCUGAGGAAGCGGUGGAGGAGGAUUGCCCUGAGAUUACUAUGUCUAUUGACGCUAUUGAUUGUGCUGGGGAGGAUGAGACGCAACCAAUAGAGUUGCCCGCUUCGGGCAUCGGAGGUGUGAGACCUGAAGAGAACUUCGCAUUGGAUGUCAAAGUUGCGAGAACCAAACAGCAGGUCGUGAGUCAAGCAAAACUUGACGGCUUGCGGGGGUCGCUGGGGGGCAUUGGGUCAUUGACUCGUUUCGACUAUCGGGUUGCCGGAUGUGAGAAACUGGAGUUGCAACCAUCCAAGCUACCCCCUCCAAGUUAUGUCUUCUUCACAUCAAGCUCUGCUUCCAGUGCGGGCGAAGAACUUGACUCAAGUGGAUCGAGCGAUACCUCUUCCGAACUGGAAGAAUCGCCAGCCCUAGCUGGCUAUAUGUGGCAGUGGACGUCAAGCUCACAGGAGAACCUAGGAGAAGAAGGCGCGGAGUCGGACAUUAGCUCAAUCGCCGGAGCGAUGGAAGUUGGCCAAGCGAGAGAUGGGAGCUCCGUUCAGAUGCCUACGCAAGAAGGCACCUACAUUCUCGAUCAAGCAGGGAGAACAGUAAGUGGCAGUCUGGCGGCGACUGCAGGGGCCAGUUGGAGUGCGGCCUCUUUGGCAGACCGCGAAUCAAGGCAGGAGGGUGAUGUUGAAAUGCAAGAGGAUUAA